UCGCGAAUGUUCGAUCGAUAAUUCGCAGUUUCGACGUGCACGAUCCUCGGGGUUGAUCGCUUCAUCGCUCCUGCUCACCGUUUUACAUCACCGAAAAGAAUUUCGCGGAGAAAUAUAUGAAAACUUGUGAGCGGCGCUUCUCACUUUCUCUCUUAAUAUUUUUAACAAAUAUUUCGACGUUUUUACUGUGAUAAUUCAAGCGAUUUUCGCGAUAACAGUGACGUUUCGCGAGAGAACGCUGUAAAAUACAUUGUCGCGGAACGGCGCGAGCUUUCGCUCCGAGGGACAAAUGCGUUCGAUUGCCCGAGAGGUUGACGGUGUCAAUAACAUUCUGAAAUGCAACAAAGGAAUUCCAUCGUAACAAUCAAUCGCUCGAACGAAUUCGCAUGAGUGCAUCGUUUAAUUCCAUCCGUCGGACGUUUUAUUCGGGUAAAAGUUUGCGUAAAGUGAUGUGUGCUUUCACCGCUUAUUUCCGUCAACCUGCGAGGAAAGUGCGCGCGGAGAGUACCUCGGAGCGGAGAGCUGGAGAGCGACUAAUGAGUGUCAUUAACGAUUGCGUGGUCUACCGUCACAAUGGAGAAAAUCAGAAGAUGACAGUUACUAACUUCGAGUGCAGAUGGACGCGGAUAAAACAACUUCACGCUUUGCCGCGAGAGCAAUGCGCGCGUCCAAUAUAUAAGUACGCCGCCACGCAGAUCGCGACGUUACUUCGACUUUAAACGUUCGAGUUAAAAGUAUAGUUUAAAAUAUAUAUCGUUAAUAUUUUGUAUUAUUAUUUCGACUUCAACGACGAAGCACAUAUCUCGAGGAUUCGAGGUAUCAAUACAAGAUAUAACAAACCUCAGAUAUCGCAAGAGAACGAAGAAAUUCUAUUCACUUCUCCGCAAUAAAUCGAAAAUGAUAUUCGCAAUUUAAGCGAUUGUUGAGAUUUACGAUCUUCUGUUGAAAACGUCUUGUUGAGUACAACGUAUUGUCGAGGAAGAUGAUAGUUAACGCAAAAGUGUUUGUGUUGGUCGCAUUGGUAAUCUACAGCGUUUGCGCUCAUACUGUCGACAUUCGAGAACCUUACAAAAGAACUAAUGAUCAAAAAUAUACCGGGUCCAUGUUGGCUGAGAUCGCAAAGGAAUUCGUGCAAAGAUCGACUACCGGUAGUCAGGUGCUGAAUUUAAAUCUCUCGAAUUUACUGCUACUUUUAGUACUUAAAGCAGUUGUGUUCGGCGUCAGCUAUAUAGGACAGCACGGUUACAAAGCACGCGAAUUAGUACAUGAUGAGGAUAUCGUGUCGGAGGGUGAGCUUGCAUUAGCGCUUGGAUAUCUGAUCGGCGAUACUUGUUUGUAUAGGGCAGCUUGCGAAGAGCCACACGUUGCGAGAGAGUAUCUCGGCGCGGCAGAAAUGCUCUUGCAAACAAUGAAGUUGGUGCCACAAAGCUUACCUGCGGAGCCCAGCUACGAGAAGACGAUCACAGAAUUCCGGAAGGCGAUUGAGUACGGCAACAUCGAGCAAUGUCCGCCGGAGUACAGCUGCAAAAGAGAGAACAUAAAUAAUUUCUUGCAAAAUGAAAAACGAUAAUAUUGGAUUUAUCAAAUAUUUUGUAAUUCUCUCUCAUUUUUUUUAGCAUUAAGCUAUAAAAAUAGCACAAAAGGAUAAUAUUUUAUAAACAUACACGUACAGUAUAUCUUUUAGAAUUAUUAAUUUUUCGCAGAAAUUAUUUCAUUUUAUUACUAUAAUUAAAGUAACUAUUCGAUAACGGGAUAACUUGCAACAAAUGAAAAAAAAUAGAUGUUAUGAAUUAAUUAAUAUUAUCUAAUUAUAUUAAUAUCAUUAUUAAUAAAAAAAAUUAUAUUUUUUUAUUACCUCGUGUUUGUAUAGAAAGUAUGAAAUCCAAAAAAUUAUAUAAUCUACGUUUUAAUCGUUAUUAUCAAACAUAUAAAAAUAUUUUGUUUCUUAAAU